CCACCCCUCCUCUCUCAUCACCACGAGCAAGCUCAUUCGCGUCUGUUCAAUUUAGGAUAAUCGCUCGACUAGAAAAAGAGGAGCAGUUUGUUUUGUUUAUUAUUAUCAUGGAAGAGUUAAACAGCAAGAAGCGAGUUAGAGAUGACUCGGCCGAGUCGGAGCUGGACUCGCCUGAGGUCAAGAGGCUUAGAGAUGAUUUGUUAGAUUUUCUCGAUGAUUCGGAUUCUGUGCCUGUUAAUCAAGACCUCGCUUCCGUAAUGAAGAGUUUCGAAGAGGAGAUAUCCGCGGCGGCAUCGACCGCGACGGUACCGGUGCCGCUGGUGGAUCUGACAUCGGAUUCCGGCGAGUCUCAACCGGAUCUCGGUUACCUUUUGGAGGCUUCCGAUGAUGAGCUUGGUUUGCCUCCUCCUGCAGGUACUACGACUGGUAGUGAGGAGUUGAGCAGCGAGGUGACUGAGCUGGCUCUUGUCGACUCUGACUCUUCGUCGGGAAUCGGUGAGCUCUGGAGGUUUGAGGAUCAGAUCCCUAACUAUGAAUCGUUCGAGUUUGGAAUCGGAGACCAUUUGAAUGGGGACCACGUGGCGUAUUGCGGAUUGUACGAGUAUUCCGACGUCGAUGUCUAUUAUGAUUCCUCCGAGUGUGCUGGCUCGUUAUGGCGGCCGGAAACUCUGUCGGCGGAGUAAAAAUCAUUAAGUAAAACUAAAAAAAAAAAAAACUGAACCAAGCGAAACCAAAUAUAAAUAGGUUUCAAAUUGGAACACCGAGGCAUAGCCAGAUCUGUAAAUCUUUUUUUCCUUUUUUUUGUAUUUUCUUUUAGUAAUUUUUUUAUUAAAAGGAGUCAAAGAUAUAGGUAGGAUUAGAAAUUUGAAAUGAAAAAUGAAAAAUCCUUCUCCUCCA